AUGAAUGAAGAUACUGAGCGUAAUGAGUUAAUAAAAGAAAUUAAGAAGGAGCUCAGGCUCUUCAAAGACAUAACUGCCAAAAUUCAGACACUAGGUGAUAAUAGACCUGCAGAAAAUCCUUUUAAAUUAUAUUCAUAUAGAAAAUAUGAAAAUCCAACAAUGACUGUUACAUUAGAAGCAUCAAAAGACAUUCCUCAUCAAGUAAUUAAAUACAAAUAUAUCCAAUCUACAUCAAAAAUCGUCUUUGCAACCGAAAGAUGUUUAUACAUAUGUCAAAUACCGAUCAUUUAUACGCCUGUUAAGAUUACACUUACACUAGAAAUGGGAAAUUUAGUUGAUUUUGCAAUUUUGGAUACAUCAAGUAUAAUUGUUUGUCAAUUAGAUGACGGAAGCGUAUUUCCAUUCCUAAUGAAAGAAUGGGGUUGGGGAAAUAAGAUGCUUACUUCUACUCAAAAUAUUCAAAUCUGUUCUUCAAAAUCUCAUUUCAUGUUAAUUGAGCAACCAAAUUCUGUUUACAUAUCAGAUUCUACUUUCCAUCAAAUAUAUAACAAUCACAUAUGCUCUCAACAAAUAGUUUUCGGUCAACUUUCAAAAAACGGAGAAUUCGCUUGCUUUUAUACAGAUACUAACGAAAUUCUAGUAUUUUCAAUAUCUACUUUACAGAUAAUUCAUACAGAAAAGGCUAAUUGCCAGAGUUUUUCAUUUUCGAAUGAUGAUAAGAGUUUAUUAGUUCAAAAUCCAUCGACAAUAUCCGUGUUCUCACUUGAAAAGAAUUCUUUUGUAUAUGCUUAUGAUAUUAAGAAUUCUUGCGCUGAUUUUGGAAUUGAUUUUUACACUGUACUUGGACAAACAUCAGAAAUGCCAAGAAAAGGUUUAAUCUUCGUUGAUAUGAAUGAAGGCAAAUUAUUAUCACAUUUGGUUUUAAAUGAUGAAGAUAUUAUUGAUUUCACUUCUGAACUCUCCGAUGUUUAUCAUAUUUGCAUGAGAAUCAAAUCAAAUACAUUCGUUGUAUUUAAAAUUCGGCUAGGUGUUCCAAUAACAUAA